AGUAUUUAUUUAACUGCUUUAUGUGCAUGCUGUAGUACUUUAAUUCUGGUGCCAAUUUUGCCAAUUCACCUGUGGCAAAUUCUCUUGGAGGCUCUAGAUCUAUAGCUGACUACUGUCCUUUCAAUACAGCUUUUUCUAAUACUCAUUGUGCUAAUGCAAGCCAUGCUAGGGGCACAGGUUUAAGUAAUCGAAGAGCUGAAACAUAUGGGGAAGGGUCAAGAUGCGUUGAACACAACACUUCAUGGGUAGCUAGAAUGAGUUCUAGCAGUGUAACACUUCCUUUCCCUCAAGCUGGCUGCUAUCAGUAUGAAUGCUCUAAUGGUACCGUUACAAUAUUCAUUCUUGGUCAAUCAUAUCAUUGCAGUCAAGCUGGAGAAGUGUUAACAGUUAAUCAAGUCAACAACAGUGUAACAUACACAGGAACAAUUAUAUGUCCUUCAUGUCUUGAGAUAUGCUAUGACGACUUUGAGAAUUGCCCUGAAGCAGCUGCACUUUAUCAAGUGGGUGCUUCUACUGCUUCAUCAUCAUCAACCACUGUCAAUGCUACACCCGACCCCACUACUCCAAGCAGUACAACUGCUCCUAGUACUUCUCCUACUAGCAGUGGAUAUGGUCUCAUUCCAUUCCUCAGUUUCAUGCUGUUUGGAAUUUUAACUGCUACUUUGAUGAAUAUUGCCAAUUGACACUAAUUUUUAUUGUUAAUUUGUGUUUAGGUUUUUUUUUAGCUCAGUGAUAUGAAUUUUUAUGAUUUUAAAAAAUAAUUUAUCUAGUUUAACCAGUUAUAA